CACAACUCCCAAAAAAUUGUUUUUCGGGAGAAUUUUGUAGCUUUUUGACCUUCUAUAUAAUCAAAAUUUAGCUAAUUAAGUGUUUUUUAGACAUUAGAUGGUAUCGAAGACGUGCUUUAGUUGAUUGUUUACUCAAAAAAUUGUACGAAAAGCAUCGUACUGACCCAUUUACGUCGAAUUAAUUGGCAGAAAAGAUGAGUAACGACCCGGAAUCGAAGGAGGCAGCUAACGAGAGUCCUGCUGAACCGACAGCAGAUGAACUCAAGGAGCGCGGGAACAAUUGUGUGAAAGAAAAAAAGUUCGAAGAAGCCGUUUUGCAUUAUUCGCAUGCCAUAAAACUCAGUCCAAAGGAUCCCAUUUUGUAUUCCAACCGGAGUCUUGCAUUUCUGAAAAUUAAUCAGCUGUACUAUGCGCACGAAGAUGCCGAAAAAGCCAUCGAACUCGACGAAACGUGGGCCAAGGGGUAUUUUCGCAAGGCCGAAGUACUUUUCAACGCGGGUCAAUAUGAUUCGGCGUUGUUGUCGUAUGCAGCUGCCCUGCAACGUGUCCCGAACGACAUGAUGAUAAUUGAUGCGGCACGCAAAGCAGCGCAGUUCAGUAAUCGGGAGACGAUGCUCGAUAAACGCGUGCCAUGGGUCGGAGCUGGCAUCGGAAUUGUACUUGGCGUGAUAAUUGUUCUGCUGGAUCAACUUGCUACAAAAGCUCCAACUGUUUCGCAUCCAGCUCUCAUGGUUUUCCUUGUGAUGAUAAUCUCAGCGAUUGGAUGGGGCAUCGCCAAAGGCUAUCGAUAUUACACAAAAGAUCAGAAAAAGGGACUUCUUGAUCCGCCGUUAGAGCUGCUCGAAGGUUUUUGGAAAGACAAAGAUGCGGAAGAAAAUCCCGAUGAGCCAAUCAAAGCACCGCGAAAUCGAUACACGAAAGCGCAAGCGAGACAACGAUUCAAGAAGGGAAAAACAUAAUAUAAGGAAACGCCGCAGAUGACGGAGAGAGACGAUUGCAAUGUGUAACGGCGAAAAAGUGAUUUUUUUUAACUCGAAGCAUUUCUUCUUUAACUGACACACGCAGACUAAAACGAAAAUAAUUUCUGUAACCUUAACUGUUUUUCUUGGCAUAAUUAAAUAAUAUUUGUAGAAGUCCGAAAAU